AUGGCUCCAGCCACGAGGAAGAGCGGUCUUGGCUCGUUUAUCAAACAGCGAGAGGCGCUUGAAGCUGAACAAAACCGCAAUACACUUGACGACCUGCGCGUAAAUGUAGUAGAACCCGACACUCCUUCGCGCACCAAGACGGUGAAACAAGGUAGCAAAGGCUCCAGGAAGCGGGCCUCAUCCGCCGAAAAUCGUAAUUCCCAGCAGACCAAGGAGAAUCGUGUCAAUGAUCAACAUCCUUUUUAUGACACGGACGUGAGUCAGGCGGGAAUUGCUUCAACUACUCCUAGUCUGCAGCAGGACAGUGUACAAGAUCGUGACAUGCAGCAAGUAGACUCCGAGCAUCGUCAAUUGAUAGCUGCUCCAAGCACAGGGUCCGAGCAUCGUCGACUUGACGAUGACGACUCUCUUGAUGACAGUUUGCGUGAAGAAUUGGGUGAAAGAGGACAGGUGACAAUCUCAGAUCGCAGCAACAAUGCUCCUUUCAGCGAGCAAACUCAAGUGCCAGGAACAAAGAACAGGAACGCUCUCCCUUACGUAGAUGAUGGCUCUUACCCUGCUACCACAUCCGGCCAAUCAUCCACAAACGACACAAAUGACGCCUUCGCUGGUGAUACGACACAUUUUCAUCCGGGCACAGACACCCGUCAUAGUUGGAACACCUCUUUCGCUACUGCACCACACGCGCAUCAUGCCGCAAACAGUCUGAAACCCAUCACUGGCACUUCUCAAGCUCAGAUCGUGCGCCCUGUACACACGACAAACCUCGCUGAUAUUGGUGCUGAUUUUCAAUUCGUUCCUGCGCAAAAGUACGGGGCUGCCCAGAACCAAUUGCGACCAGAUCAAUUGAAGCCUAUGCUUAAUGCUCCAAAGGCAAUGCACAAUGCACCUCCGCAACAUCUGCGGCAGCAGCUGCAAACUUCAGCGUCACCUCCCAUUGUGAUAGGCCGUGAUCGUGGUCAACACAACACACUUCCAAGUCAUCGACAACGAUAUCCAGUCCAGCAGGAGCCCGAGAGGACCUCAUGGAACCAGCCACAUUCUCAUCUUCGCCAAGUGUCUACACCCAGCGUCCAUACGAAGACUUCCAUCAGCGCUACCGAACGUGACACAUACGACGAGCCGCCAGGACAGGGCCAACAUUCUCAACAUUUCAACGCGGAUCCCACAUCAUCUGACGAGCACUUGCUUCAGCUUGACUUUCCAGCGAAGGAACUGCUCGAAAUGGACUUUUCCACAUUGGCGGGACAGACAUUCGACAUCGAUCCAAACGUCGAUGUCAAUCGGUCCUUGGGGGAUCUUGCUGAGAAAUCUCUCAAUGAGCAAUUGACCGCUAUGGCAAUGCAGCCCUCAGACAUCCAAGCCGAUUUCUUUGUUGGACUCGACAUUGAUCGCUGGGAGGAAUCCGGAGAAUGGUUCCUCGAUCGUUUCCGCGAUAUAUCAAGGAACUUGAUGCAGGCACGCCGUGAGAAGAGGAAAGCCGCGCAAGAAUUUGAACGAUCCAUUAGCGCCCGUCAUGAGGAGGUCAGCAAGAAGCGGAAGUUUACGGAAGAUUCCCUAAAGGAAAUGAGGAAGUCCGGUGGUGAAUUGCUUCGAGGGAGUCCCCAGAAGCUCAGGAAAAGCAAGUGA